GACUGUAUCAUUCGCUUACUAUCAGCAGCAGUUAGUUUCUAGUCCUUGCUUUUUUAUCUAACUUUUCAAAUGGGGGCGAAGAAGAGUAUAUUAACUUCGGAACAACUGGAUGAAUAUGUAGAAUUAACCUACCUUACUAGGUGGGAAAUUCUGCUAAUACUGGAGAAGUUUCUAGGACUGGCACCAGAAGGGAUAACAAGAGACCUCCACCAAAGAUUCCCACACAAUCAAAUUAUGGACAUUUUCCCUCAAUUAAAGUACAAUCCCUUCCAUGAUCGGCUAUUUCACGUAUUUUCUUCUGCACACGACACUCAGUGUUCUUUCGAAGACAUUUUGGACAUGUUCAGUGUGAUGUCAAAAAGUUGUCCCCAUGACGUAAAAGCAGCGUGGGCCUUUCGUGUAUUUGACUUGGACAACGAUGACAUGAUUACAAAGGAGGACAUCGUCAACACCUGCGAUCGACUAACGAAUAACUACCAGCUACAGCAGGACGAGAUGGAAAAUAUUGCAGAUGUGAUAAUCAUGGAAAUGGAUCUUCAGAACAACGGCAGUCUUGGUCAGUUUGAGUUCAUCAAAGCUAUUUCGAAGGUGCCAGAAUUCCAUAAUUCUUUCUCAUUCCGGCCGUAAAUCUUCAACCAUGUUUAAACUAGAGUGAAUUUGUUUUUUUAUAAUCCUGUAUUGUCAAUACAAUUGUUUCAAAUACUACAUCACUGUUGGACUUAUUGGUAUUCUAAUAUGUUCGUUUUCAUUCUUCCUCAA